AUGUCUGUGCCACACUCCCCGGCCAACUCCACCUUCUCCUUCUUUGGCGAUUCUGUUUUCCCGCCCCUCAGUCCGCUUGGUCUUGGAAUGCACAGCUUCGACCCAGGCCCCAAUGACCUCACGUCCUCCUCGCCCCUGAUACCACAAGCAUCCACUCCGACAACUCUAGGCGGGGGUAGCCACCACCACCACCGCCGCAGCCCACACGACCAGCACGACCAGCACGGGCAGCCGUCAUCCGCCCGACAAGACGCGGCCACCCAGCUGUCGCAUCGUCAACCCCAUCAGCGCGGCUGGCCAAGUGACACCCUGGGCGCCAUGAGCACCAGCAGUCACACACAGUCGCACCAGCCACUGCUGCAGCACCCCCACGAGGACGCGCCAGCCCUGCAAGGGCCACCAGAAGCACCGUCAUCGUCGUCGUCAACAUCACACCUCCCGCCUGUGCGCUUAGACGAAGCCCAGGACGCGAAUUGGCAGAGCCAAUACCAGGCGCUCACAACACCACAGGACCAGCAGCAGGACCAGCAGCAGCACCACCAGCACCAGCACCACCACGACGACGCUGCCCAGACCACAAUGCAGUGCGGUCCCGAUGACAACGAUGGCGAUACGCCCCUCAUCACCUACGUGGGAUCGCCACCGGCUGCACCCCUGUCGCAGGCAUCAGCGGCGACAGCAGCGACAGCAACCACGUCAGCCACGGGCGCUACGGGCAGCUUCAGCCAACACCACUUGGCAGGCGCCGGGUUGCAGUCACGUCAGCUCCACCAAUCAGCUGCACCCGCCUCCACAGCAGAGGCGAGCGCACAACCACAACAGCAACAACAACAACAGCAACAACAACAACAACAACAACAACAACAACAACAACAACAACAACAACAACAACAACAACAACAACAACAACAACAACAACAACAACAACAACAACAACAACAACAACAACAACAACAACAACAACAACAGCAGCAGCAGCAGCAGCAGCAGCCCGUCGACACGGACGAGUACAACGAGUACACGGAUUACGGCGACGACUAUGAUUACGAGAGUGACUGCGAAUACGAUGACGAAGAUGAGGAAGAGGAGGAGGAGGAGCAGGAAGGGGCGGGUCCAGGGUCAUCAUCGCAGCUGCAUGGCAGCACGGGCGCUUUCACCACGGGCAGGUUUGGCCGGUUUGACUGUCGCGUGCCCGGCUGCGGGAAGAAGUAUCGCAGUAGUGGCGGCAUCCGCUACCACCUCAAACACUGCAAGCACAAGGGCCUGCAGCACAACAAGGAGUCCCUUGCCCAGCUCAAGGAAAUGCGCGCCAAGGAAGAAGCAGCAGCCAAGCGGCGUGCUGAGCGGAUACGGCUUGGACAGCCGAUCAAGAAGCGGCGCUCCCGCCGACCCCAAAACAACAGUCGUGGCGGUGCCAACGACAACGGCAACACCACCACCAGCACCACCGCCACAGUCGCGCCGCAGCCACAGCAACAACCAACACCCGUGCCACCGCCACCACCACAGCAGCAGCAGCAACAACAGCAGCAGCAGGCUGUGAUUGACUGGAUGCAAGCGCUGUCACGGCUGCAGCAGAACCCGGAUAUGAUGGCGCAGGUGCAGGCCAUGACACAGCAAACAGCGUCGACCACCGCAGCACCCGACCUUGCUCGUGUGCUACGGCUGCAGCUGCAGAUGCAACAGCAGCAACAACAACAGCAGCAGCAGCAGUCAUCGUCAUCGUCGUCCCUGGCGCCCAAGCAACCACAACAGGCACAGGCGAGCCAGCAGCCACCGCUUCAGCGCCAGGGAGCAGUGACCAGCAUGCUGUCCCCAACGCGGGCAGCAGCAGUGGCGGUACCACCAACAACGCCGCCGCCGCCACCACGGGCCCAAGGACCAUUGAUGCAGCAGUCACCACAGCAGGAACGCCAGAACCGUGACCACAUGCAGCAGCAGCAACUGCGCCAACUGCAGCAGCAGCAGCUCCACCGCCAGGCACAGCAGACCGCAUCCCCUCACCGCCCACGCCUUUACUCCCCGCAAAAGCAGCAGCAACGGCAGCCAUCGCCAGCGUCACGGAGGUUUGUGUCGACACAUCACCAGCCACCAUCGGCAUCCCCUGUGAGGGUCGUCACACCACAGCGGUCGGAUGUGCGUCUGCCUGCGCGGGCGUCGGAGCCUGCACUCGCAUUCAACCCGCGGCGCCUGUCCAGCGCCAGCAACACGACGCGGCCGUUUGAUACGCAGUCGGACGACAUGCAGUGGAGCCGCCCUGCUCCCCGCUCAACCCCUGGCCCGCGCUGUCCAGGCGGGCUGCAGACGAAGCGCCCCAAGCCGGGACUGGAGGGCAUGGAGACGCAAUCGCUGCACCAGUGGCCUGCACAGCAGGCGUCACCGCACCAUCCCAUGCACAGGAGCGCAAGCACGCAGUCGCUUCCCGUGGGCUCGCCGCCCAUGUAUCUGCGACGUGAUGCUAACGGCCUUCACGCCCGCACGUCCCCGCUCCAAUCUUCUCCACACCACGUUCGCCACCGCCACCAGCAUCAUCACCAUCAUCAUCAUCACCACCGCGGGGGCGUGCACGGCGCAUCAGCAGCUCGCCGCCGGCUCUCGUCACAGCACCUGCAGCACCACGGAAGCCCGAGCCCCGGGCCAGGGCACGUGGGCAGCAGCGCGGGUGUUGGUGGAGCACACAGGAUGGAUGCACGGCGUGCGAGUGCAUACGACCUCGACCUGCAGCAGCGACACCAGCGACAGCAGCAACAGCAGCAGCACCACCAUCGCUUGUCCAUGCCGCCGUUGCCGCUGCCAACAGCAGCCGACGACCACCAAGGCCACCUGUUCCGCUACCCAUCGCCACCCGCGCGAAAGCAGCCAACGGCACCACCGCGCGAGCAUGCACCGCCACUUUCAAACCCCUGGCGUCACUCAUGGGCUGGGCCUCAGCAAAGCUACCCCGGCCAGCAACAAGAGCAGGCUGGGAUGGGCAGUGGACUGGAACAUGAACACCAGCAACAACAUCAACAACAACAUCAACAACAUCAACAACAUCAACAACAUCAACAACUUCAACAACAACAUGAACACCAGCAACACCAGCAGCAACACCAGCAGCAGCACCAGCAGCAGCAACGUCGGCGCCAUUCGGCGAUGUAUGCGGCACGGCAGUCCACUGUGCUUGCACCGUCGCCAGCAGCAUCCGACACGCAGUUCUCCGUGGACGAGGGCAGCAGCCCAGACUCGCCAUAUGCACUGUUUGCACGUGCACCAUCGUUUGGAAGCCGCCAGGCGAGCUUUGCCUCGGCAUCGUCGCGCGGCAGCGGCGGACACAUGCAGCCCUUGGCUGAGGAGCCGAGUGGCGCUGACGUCCAGGAACAGCGCCCACACCAGCAAGAACAGCAGCAGCACCUGCAGCACCUGCAGCAGCAGUCUUAUGAUGACGGGGCAACCAGCAGUGUUGGGUCGGGCCCGGCGACGGGUCUGAGCACGCUGCUGCCUGACGUCGUCAACUUGAGAGUGAACACGCCGCCACGGGACGGGUACACGGGCGAUGUGUCAGACAUGCACAGCUUGCUCGGUGGGCUGUUUGAUGACAACGACAUUACCCACUCGAUUGCCAUGGAUGUUGCAGCUGCAGAUGAGCUGAGGACGGAUGCUGGCGCACAACACCACGAACAGCAGCACCAAGCACAACAGCAACAACAGCAACAACAGCAACAACAACAGUACCCGCUUGAGACUGCCGCCAUGUACUCGCAAGAAGAGGCUCGGGUGCAAUACGACGAAAGGCAGGAGCGACAGCAGUUUCUGUCACCGAGCCACCGCUAUCACCACCACCAUCACCACCGCCAUCACCAGCACCAGCAACAGCACCAGCACCAGCACCAGCAACAGCACCAGCAACAGCAACACCAUCGCCAGUCCCAAGCUCAAUCCCACCACCAUCCCCAGAUGCACCAGCGUCGCACCUCGUCCUCAUCGUCGUCCACAUCACCGCUCAAGCGGUCAAUGAGCGUGCCGUCCAACACGGGUGAUGCUCCUGCUCGUGGCGGUGGUGGUGGCGGUGGUGUUGUCAACCCAGGUGUUCCUGCCUCGCACAGUCACCACAACAUGUUGACACGCACUCGCCAUGCCAACGGCAGCAGCAGCAACCACCACAACGGCGAUGCCAAGCACGGUGACAUCGGGCUGAGCGGAAGCGAGCCGGGCAGUGUGUUCUCUGGUGAGGGGACAAAGGGGCCACCACCCGCAUUUGCGGCUGCAGUGACACCGCUAUCUCAGCCGACAUACGUGCACGGCAUACCCGGGAUGAGCGACCCAGCUGCCGCCCACCUCUUGGACCAACAGCAACCCCAGCACGAGCAACAUGCUGGUUAUGAGCAGGCCCCAGCACCGGCGGUGAGCGCGUUUGACUUUGAAGCAGUCUUGCAGCACGAUGACAUGUACAUGGGCUUGUUUCCAAUCGCUGAGCAUGGCGGGCCCUCUGUGCAGGACCCGCAAGCUUCAUGCGUGCAGGCACCCGACCUUGGUGACGAGUUGGGCAUUCCAGACAUUGACGCAAUGUUGAGGGGCGUCACGCAGCAACAUCAUCAUCACCAGCAGCAGCAUCAACUGCAAUCACAACAACAACAACAACAACAGCAGCAGCAGCAGCAGCAGAUGCAAAUUCGGUCGCGGGCAGGCCAGGCACAUCGUGCCCGUCCCGACUUUUCACAGGCAAAUUCGACGCAGCUGUGA